UAGUAACAGGCGGAGCGAUAAUAAACGUUGGUGCAAAGAAUGAAGCGAGAAAAUUGAAAAAAGUAAGCAAGAGAAAAAAAAGAAUUCUUGGGAACGCAUUUUCGUUCCACACAUAAUUCCGCGACUUUACUUUGAGUGCUCGUAGGUUCCUAAGAUAGAGCCAACUAAGGAGAGGGUAUUCACUUUUUCGUCAGCCACCAGAAAGAAGGUGAUGGUUUUUGCCAGAUACUGAAGCUAGCGCAACUGUCCACCCAGUAUCUAAACCUCGCCCACGCAUGCUCAGGGCGGCAAAACAUUAGAUGUGACUGAGUUGCACACGGGAGAUGCUGAGCAGUGCGGAACGGGCUGGCUACGCAAAGCUUCGGAGUGCGUAUUUGAACUCUUCUAGAACGUUCCGGAGAGUACUUCUGUGCGGAAGCCUGCUUCACAACACCGGUAUCGGCAAGAAGCGAUUGACCCGAGUGGCAACUGAAGGCUGCGCUUCUGCUCAAAGUGAACCAGAACUACGCCACGCUCAAGAGGAUCAAUAUUCAUCCACCCUGCACUGCGUCGAGUUGGUUCCGGACAAAAUUGGAGUAGGCCAAGCCAAGCCACAAGGCAAGCUCGAGGACGCCAUAUCCUGGGAGUGCGUUGUGGACCAGAAUAUUGUGAGCUCCAACCAGAAGCUGCGUACACACCAUCUGCCGCACAGCGCGAAACGUCCACAUACUUGUACUGUGUGCGACAAAGCAUUCAAUCAGAAUGCGGAUAUGGUGAGAAACACUCGAACCAACACGAAUCAAAGACUUCACGAAUGUCAGCUGUGCCCUGCGGCGUUCGCACGUCUGCCCAGUCGGAGGCGCCACGAGCUGGCACAUUCUGGUGCAAGGCCACACGAGUGUAGUAUAUGCGGGCGAAGAUUCACAAGCAGAGCAAGCCUCGUGCGUCAUAUGGGGAUUCACUCAGGAGAGAAGCGGUUCGGUUGUCACCUAUGCGUCAGGAAAUUUACUCAGAAAGCGACUCUCGUGCGCCACAUUUUUACUCACACAGGUGAGAGGCCGCACUCUUGCCACUUGUGCCCGGCUGCCUUCGCACGAAGUUCAACGCUGCGUAAUCACGUAAUGACGCACACUAGAGAGCAGCCGUACUCGUGUCACUUGUGUCCGGCUGCAUUCGGACGAUAUGCUACGCUUAGAAAUCACGUGUUGAGUCAUACUGGUAAGAAGCCCUUCGUGUGCGAGCAGUGCGGAAUGAGAUUUGCGCGAAAAAAUAGCCUGCCACGGCACUCGCGGUUGCAUGGCAUACAGAAGCGUUUAUAGAGUUACUUGCCGAAGCCUCCCUCUCACGACAGAUCUACUUUGACGGCGGCAACGUUAAACCCAUAGGAAAAAUACUGCUAACUCUCCCUUAAUCGAAAGUA